AUGGUUACUAGAGUCGGACGGCUAAAGCCACUCAGUUCCCUUGGGCUGGAGGUUGUCAACUUCUUCCAAAAUGCUUCGGUGAAAGAUAUUAUACCUUCCGAUCGAGCUCAGGACCCCACCGAUGAGGAUUUAUUGUGUAUCAACGAUUUGGUGUUGUUUUCUGUUAGUGUCAGCACCGGCGAAUAUUGGGCUCUGAAAAUGCUGGACUCUUGGGGUAAGUUUCCCUCUGGAGUUCUGACUGGAAACUCAUACGACCUGGGAAACUUUGAUGAGUGUCUAAAUACCGAACUAACCGGAGCUAUCCGUGGAAAAUAUUGUUUUCUGAAGGUUGUUCCAGAUUAUCUUUUAGGCACGGAAACUGGGAUGGAAAUCAACAUUGCAACUUGUUUGCCAAGCUCUUGCCGGGCUUCUCAUAUUAAUAAUUUUUUUAGAAAAAUAUUAGCCUUUAAUAAUACUUAUUCCAUUUCUGGAAUUGACAUUAUCGAUAGUAGUUGCCAAACUGUUGAAAAAGAACCAUGGGACAAACUCACCAUUGCCCUAAUUGUGAUACUAGCGGUGAUGGCAUCGAUCGUAGCUAUAUUUACGUUAAUCGACUGUUUUCUGCGAAAGGCUCCAAAUGAGCUACCUAUUGUAGUGACAACGUUUUCCGCGAAGGCCAAUUCACGGGCACUUUUCCGUGUUGUGGAAAGCAAAUUGAACCCCAAUGUAAUCGAUUGUCUUCAUGGUAUUCGUUGCAUGUCCCUUUUCUGGGUUAUUUACAGCCAUGAGUACCUAAAUGUCCCAAACUCGGCUAACCUUAACCUUAUGCAAUUACUUCCCUGGGCCGAGACUCCAUAUGCCAGCUUUGUGUUGCAUGGAUUUUAUUCGGUGGACUCAUUUUUUGUACUUGGGGGCAUGUUGGUGUCCUUGAUUACAUUGCGAUUCUUGGAUAGGUCCAAGGGUAGGCUGAACGUGACACUGAUGUAUGUUCACCGUAUAAUCCGCAUCUGGCCCCUUAUGGCCAUGGCUAUACUGAUUUAUAUGAAACUCAUGCCAGUUGUGUCUGGUGGGCCGCUUUUUAGCGGUGGGUACAGUGGUCUUUCGCAAUGUGAGUCCGACUGGUAUGGGAGUCUGCUGUUUGUUCAGAAUUACUUUGUCAAUAAGUGCGUUGGACAUACCUGGUAUUUGGCGGUGGAUAUGCAGCUAUUUGUUAUUUCUCCCAUCUUUCUGAUUGCUUUGUACAAAUGGGGCAAAAAGGCUGCUGCUGGAAUAGUGAUUCUUGUGAUUCUACUGUCUGCCUGCCUUUUUGCGACUAUAAUGCUGAACAACUACUCAAUGCUCAUGAAGAAGAUUAGUUCGAAUGCAUUGCAGAAAAUGUAUUAUGACACCCACACUCAUGCUGCUCCCUGGCUCAUUGGAUUCCUAUUCGGAUACUUUCUUUAUCUCAACAGGGACAAGAAGUUCCAGCUAAACUGGAUGAUGGUGGGGCUGGGUUGGAUCCUCAGCUUCUCCAUGAUCUUCACAUCAAUCUUUGCUCUCUACCCUGAAGCCAAAUGGGAUACCCCGCCCAUUUCUACCCUGGCUGAAGCCUUCUAUCACACUUUAACGAGAAUUGGUUGGCCUUUGGCCUUGUGCUGGGUAAUCUUCGCAUGCAUUCAGGGGUACGGAGGUCUGGCCAACAGUUUCCUCUCUUCCCCUUUAUGGCAGCCGCUGUCUAGGUUGUCGUUCUCCAUCUAUAUCUGGCACAAGUUUGUUCUGGAGGUAAAUGCCAGAAAUGUCAGAACAAACGUGUAUUUUUCCAAUUAUCAAAUCAUUCUAAAAUUCUGGUCAGACCUGGGCAUUACCAUUUUGAUUUCGUUUGUCUUGCAUCUAUUAAUUGAGGCACCUCUAGGUGGAAUUGGCAAUUUCCUUAAGCCCCGAACGAAGACACCUCUAAGUAAUAAAAUCCCACAGAAGGCUAUACAGGAGAGUCAGGAGGUACAGCAGAUACAGGAAUGCGAAGUCAAUACAAGAAGUAAUUUAAGUUCUGAAGAAUCACAAGUAUCAACUGCAGUAGAUUAG